AAUGCAAAUCCCGCCAUCUCUCUCUCUUUCUAACUACCCUUUUCCCCUCUUUCACCAUCACCCUCCCAGGCAUUCAAAUUUUUAUGCUUUUGGGGUCCUUUGGAAUCCAUUCCUUUUUGCAAAGUUGUAAGCUGAAGUUACUCACAGAACCCAUUUCUUGCACUAUUUUUCCUGUGGUUGUUUUGCUUCCUUUUUGCCAACAUGAAGUUGUUAUCUUCUUCUCCUUCCAUUUCUUCUUCUUCUUCAACUGUCUCUUUUGAUCCCAAACUGUGCACUUCAAAGAGUGCAUCUGCUGGUUGCCUUGCAGGGAUCCUACGUCGAAUUCUUUGCUCUCGGAGUCUCCCAACACACCCUUCUGAUCACAUUACUGAGGCUAAUUCGGUGGCUAGUUACAAGAACCAACAAUUCAAUGCUGCGGACAAGGUUGAUGCUUCCAAGGUCACUCCAGGGAUUGUAGCAAGACUAAUGGGCUUGGAUUCCUUGCCUGAAAUCAGCUUACUUAAGACACGAGUAAAUCCAAAUUCAAUUACAAGAAGCCGGUCUAUGAAUUCAGCAGAUUAUAAGCAAGAUACUGAUUCAAUCCAUGCCAAGCAUAGAAGAGUAAACUCUACAUUGUCGUUCCGCGAUAUGCCUCCCUACUUCGAGCUUGGAAAUGAAGAAUAUUUUGUGCUCAGCUUCGAGAAGGAAAGUGAAAGGGAAGAGCUACGAUCCAAGCGAAGAAAAUGUAGAGGGGGGAGUGGAGAAUUGAAGCAAAGAAAAGAAGAGAAACAUAAGGAGAAGGAAAACAGAGUGGAGAAGGUAAAAGAGGAACAGAAUAAGGGAAAUCAGCAAGAGGCUAGCAAAAGGGUAUUAAAUGUGUUGAAUGAGGAAAAGCUGAACAGAAGAAUUGUUGAUAAGCUUAAUCAGGAAGUAGCCAACUGCAACGAAGUUAAUGGUGUCCACUUGGAGAAGCCAAUUGUCAGCAUUAGGGGUCCAGAGUGCUCAAAACUUGUGGACAAGAAAGGAGUGCCUGAUGGAGCAAAAUUGAGGAAGAAAAAGAAGAAAACACUGCAUCGUGUAGCUGAAAAUGUAGAGACUGAAUGUAGCUCAGAAGAUUCCAGCCCGGUUUCUGUUCUUGAUUUUGACCAAUUCAUCAUUGAUCAUGAUGUUCCUACAUCAGAGGAAGAUUCAAAAGCAGAUGGGUCUAACUCAAGAAGGAUAUUAUCACCAGACCUGGAAAAUUAUGGGUGCAAAUCUCCUAGCAAUGAUGGUAAUAUGAUGGAAAAUGAGCUAAGGGUAAAAAAUGUUGAAGGCAAAAGUUUGGGGUCAAGGAGAAAAGAUUGCCACAGUGAGAUAAACUUGGAAUGUUGGGAUGCAAUUUGCAGGAUGACUGAAGCUGAGGUGGCUAAAUCAAGUUGGUCAUGCUCAAAGAAUGAAGAUCUUGAAGAUAUUACUGCAGAUUUUGGGUCAAAAAUUCUAGACCAAUUGUUAGAUGAGCUGGUAAUUUUAACCUUUGGGAUCUCUCCCAUGAAGAAUUUGAACUUGUAAAAGUAUAGCAGUAAAGCCCCUUUGCAAAUUUUGUCAUUGCAGAAACCUAUAGUCAAAGAUAAAUAGUACUUCCAGUAUCUAAUUUCAAAAU